AUGGUUGAGCCAAUUGCCGUCAUUGGCCUGGAUGCCAAAUAUCCAUGUGACGGAAACACUCCUGAGAAGUUUUACGACUUUCUCGUCGCUGGAAGAUCCGCCAGAGCUCCCAUCCCGGCGGACAGAUACAAAAGUGAUGCUUUCUGGCAUCCCGAUAACCACCGAGAUGGAAUUAUCGGUGGUAAGGAGGGGCACUUCAUACAGGAAAACGUUAGGGCUUUUGACGCUCCCUUCUUUUCCAUUACCCCUGCCGAGGCAGCAAGCAUGGACCCUCAACAACGCUUGCUCCUCGAGUGUGUCUACACCGCUCUGGAGAACUCUGGUCUCACCAUGGAUGCCGUAUCAGGCACCCAGACAGGAACCUACGUGGGAGCUUUCAUCUGGGAUUACCGAGAUGUUUUGAUCAAGGAUAUCGACGCCCCCAUGAUGUACACUGGUUCAGGUACAAUUGCAAGCACCUUGGCCGGUCGUGUCAACUGGUUCUAUGACCUUCAGGGUCCUGCAAUGAGUCUGGAUACGGCGUGCUCGAGUAGUAUGGUGGCACUUCACCAAGCUGUCAUUGGCUUGAAGUCGGGGGAUUGUGACAUGGCUAUCGCAUGCGGAGCCAACUUGAUCCUCUCCCCUGAAAUGGGUCUCGAGCUCAAUGCUCUUGGUGUACUGAACCCUGACAGUUGCUCAUAUAGUUUCGAUGAUAGGGCAAGCGGAUACGGACGAAGUGAAGGUAUUGGUGCCGUUGUUCUGAAGCGUAUGUCAGACGCCCUCAGAGACGGCGAUACCAUUCGUGCUGUAAUCCGCAACACAGGGUGCAACCAUGAUGGCCACUCCCCUGGUCUCACCGCACCCGCGCAAGAAUCUCAGGCAGAACUCAUGCGAAGAACCUAUGCCCAAGCUGGCAUUGACCCAUCACACACCCGCUUCUUUGAGGCCCACGGAACCGGCACACCGGUUGGUGACCCAAUCGAAGCGGGCGCGAUCAGCGAGAUGUUCAACAAGUAUCGAUCAGCCGAGGAGCCCCUUAUCGUGGGCGCGGUCAAAAGUAACAUUGGCCACUCUGAAGGAGCUUCCGGCAUUGGUUCCGUCGUCAAGAGUAUCCUCACUCUAGAGAGAGGUAUUAUACCUGCCAAUGUCUGGUUCGAAAACAAGAACCCCAAGAUUCCUGACGACUGGCACCUCUUCUUCCCAACGACUGCUUGCCACUGGCCCCAGAUCGAGGGAGGCAUCCGCCGCCUGUCAAUCAAUUCAUUUGGUGUUUCGGGUACCAACGCUCACGUUGUGAUGGAUGACGCCCUCAGUUUUCUCAAGGCAAACGGCUACAAUGCUCCCCACAAGACCAUCGAGUCUCCUCAGCUACCAGGCUCAGCACCCCUUCCUACCAUCACGAAUGGAGUCGAUUCUACCAGCCCUCAACUCUACGUACUAAGCUCUCAUGACCAAGAUGGCAUCUCCAGAUUGUGCAAUGUGUACAAGGAGUACCUGCCAUCUUUGGACGACACUCUGCACAACUUCAGCUACACCUUGGCAGCUAAGAGAAGUCAGUUCAAUUGGCGCACUGCUAUUGUCGCCAACUCAAAGGAAUCUCUCCUCCAGGCUCUUUCUGAGAAGCAGCCUACUACCCGUGUUGCUGCUGAUGCUGGUCUCGGAUUUGUUUUCACUGGACAAGGAGCUCAGUGGGCCCAGAUGGGAGUUGAGUUGAUGCACUACCCGGUCUUCCGCGCUUCUGUUGAAGCAUCUGAUGCCUAUCUCAAGACUUUGGGGUGCUCUUGGUCUGUAAUUGACGAGUUCAUGAAGGCCGCUGAUUCUUCCCGCGUUAACGAAGCCGAAUUCUCACAGCCUCUUUGCACAACCUUGCAAGUCGCUCUGGUGGACCUUUUGACUUCUUGGGGGGUUUCAGCCAAGGCCGUUGCUGGUCACUCUUCUGGUGAGAUUGCCGCCGCCUACGCUGUAGGGGCCAUCUCCAAGGCGUCUGCGUGGAGAAUUUCCUACUGGCGUGGGCACAUGUCAGCCAAGCUGGCUCGUUCCGGAGAGCAGCCAAGCACCACCAUGGCUGCUGUUGGGCUGGACUUCAACAAGUCCACCGAGGCUAUCGACAGAGUCAACAAGCUUGGCUUUGAGAGCGGCGGGAAGCUGACCGUUGCUUGCAUUAACAGCAAGGAGAGCCACACCAUUAGCGGCGACACGGCCCAGAUCGAGGCGCUCGUCGACAUGCUGCAGGCUGAGAAGGUCUUUGCUCGCAAGCUGACCGUCGAGAUGGCCUACCACUCAAAGUACAUGGAGCCCAUGUCGGCAGAGUACACAAAGAUGCUCGACAACAUUGAGAGAGGCAACUGGUCGUCGGUUGCUCCCCAGCCUCAAUUCUUCUCUUCAACCUACGGAACUCUCAUUGAUCCUACGAAGUUGCAGGAGGCAGCCUACUGGACCACCAACUUGGUGUCUCCUGUUAGGUUCCAUGAGUCCUUGUCUUGCAUGUUCAAAGCCAUGUCCAAGACUGAGACUGGUGAGACUCAUCUGGUCACGGAUGUUCUCGAGAUUGGGCCCCAUGCCGCCCUCAAGGGUCCUCUGCGCAACAUUACUGAAGAGGUCAGGGGCAACGGUGCCGUCAAGUACCACAAUGUUCUCAAGCGUGGUGAACCCGAUGUUCAAAGCGCCAUGCAAGGCGCAGGCUCUCUGUUCAACCGCGGCUUCUCGGUCGACCUAGUUGCCGUGAACAAGGUUGAGGGCGAGGAGCCAUCUAUGAUGAUUGGACUGCCCAGGUAUCCUUUCAACCACUCCAAGGAGUACUGGUAUGAGAGCAGGCUAAGUAGGAACUUCCGCAACCGCGCGCACGUGCGUCACGAGUUGCUUGGUGCCCCCGUCAAUGACUGGGAUGGCAAGCACGAUGCCAUCUGGCGCAACUGGAUCCGGCUGUCUGAGAACCCUUGGGUUGAGCACCACACCGUCUCAGGAGCGGUGCUGUACCCCGCUGCUGGUAUGCUCGUGAUGGCCAUCGAGGGCUGCCGUCAACUUGCUGAUGCAUCGAACCCUGGAAAGGCAAUCAAGGGAUUCCGGUUCAGAGAAGUGUCUUUCCACCAAGCGCUGCAUGUUCCCGACGACGCCAUGGGCAUCGAGUCUCAUUUGUACCUUCGACCUGUCAAGCAGGCUGCCGUCGAGAGCAAGGCUUCACCAUGGCGUGAGUUCCAGAUCUGCACCGCUCAGGAUGACGAUGAGUGGCGUGAGCACUGCCGUGGUCAGGUCUUGGUCGAGUACGCAAAUAUCAAGAAUGUUGUGGACGUGGAAGAUGAGGUACUGAAAGAGAGCUGCGCCAAGAUCAUUGAUGAUGCCAAGGAGAAAUGCACAACUCUAGUGGAAGCCAAGAAGAUCUAUGAUGCAUGGACUGACGUCGGUCUGGUUUUCGGCCCAACAUUCCAGACCGUGUCUGACCCCAAUGUCGACCACAGGACAGGAAAGGCUUUCGCCAACGUCAACUCCACCGUCCCUAUUCUCAAGAAGCUGAUGCCCCACGAAUACGUUCAGCCGCACCUGAUCCACCCCACAACCCUCGAUGGAGCGCUCCAAGUGUGUUUGGCUCCUCUCAUUUCAAACCCGGAGCGCAAACAAAAGAACGCCAUCGUUCUCACUUUCGUCGACGAGCUUUGGGUUUCCGGCUCUGAGCACUCUGACGAGGGCUACCUGGUUUGCGCAGACACUAAGCCUCAUGGCCGCAAGGAGUACGAGAUGACUUGCACUGCUGUUGACCCCACCACCAAGGAUCCCAAGGUUCUGGUGUCUGGUCUGAUUGUUACUGAAGUCGAGAGCGAUGAGGAUAUCUCAACCCAGGUAGAUGAUCUCAAGCAUAAGGCUUGGAACAUUCACUGGGUUAUUGACCCUGACUUGUUAAGUUUCGAAGAAGCCAGUAAAAACUUCGGGGUGUCUGGAGGGUUGCAAAAGUACCUCAACACUCUGGCUCACAAGAACCCUGGGAUGAAGUAUCUCGAGGUGGCUGCGGGAACUGGAGUUGUAACUAAAGAGAUUGUCGCCACUCUAGGGCAGCGAUUUACGCAAUAUGAUGUGACCGAUGCCACUCCCCGAUCUGCCGAUAAGUCUCAAGAGAGCCUCUCCGACGAGCGUCUUCGAUCCCGGGUCCUGGAUGUAAAGCAAAACCCAACGGUUCAGGGGUUCGAAGCCCAUGAAUACGACGUUGCCGUUAUUUCCGCUGGACUUAGACUCGACGACAACGCUGAGGCUAUUUUGGGUAACAUCCACGCGCUUCUCAAGAAAGGCGGCAGGCUCGUCCUUUUCGUUACCGAAGGAGCAGAUAAUAUCGAAUCUUGGAGCAAGCAUCUCAUCAAAUCCGGCUUCACUGGUGUUGAUGCCGUGUUCUGCGACCAAGUCUCCUCCAUCAUUGUAUCCAACGUGCCGAUAACCGGCUCAGACACAGGCUCCCUAUCAUCUGCAACCAGCAACUACUAUGUCAUCGCCGACUCCAACUCCAGAUUGCAAUCAGAGGUAGCAGACAGGCUGUGCGCCUCGAUGCCAGUUAACCAUGCCACCCAACGCGUCUCCAUGGACGAGUAUGCAGAUAUUUGCGCAAACAACGACCUUUCCAACAGCACGUGCAUUCUCCUCCCUGAGAUCGAGACUGGGGUGCUCACCCAUGUCACCGAGGGUAGCCUCAACGCGCUGAAGGGCAUGAUGGACGGCAAGAGACUUAUUUGGGUGAACAAGGACGAUUGCCAGGAUACUGACCUCGUUACCGGGUUCGCUACAUGUAUUCGUCUGGAGCGUCCAGAACUCGACUUUGUCAUUCUCACCUUCCAGGGUGAGCCCAUCGUUGAUACCAUCGUGAACAAGAUUAUAGAGAUUGACAACGCCGUCAAGAAGACUCAGGGGUCGAUUGAAACCUCUUACAAGGUGAUUGAGGGCCUGGUCACUAUCCCUCGACUGGUCGAGUCCACUGCUGUUACCACCCAUGUCAAGAAGCAGACUUCAGCUGCCGAGGUCGCUGACGUCGCCUUUGGCGCGGAUCCCACAAGGUCCCUGAAGCUCAAGAUUAGAGACAUUGGUCUUCUCGACUCGCUAUGCUUCAACGACGACCCUCUCUACGCUUCCCCACUCGCCGAGACAGAUGUCGAGUUCCAAACCAUGGCCACCGCUGUCAACUUCAAGGAUCUAGCCGUGAUGCUGGGCAAGAUCAAUGAGACUCCGGUCGGGCUUGAGGCCGCAGGCAUUGUCACACGGGUCGGUCCCCAGGUCAAUCGCUUCAAACCCGGUGACCGCGUGUUUGGUUUCGCUUUCAAAGGUGCCUUUUCCACCCAUGUCCGAGCUCUGGAGGGCACGCUCGCUCACAUCCCCGAGACCCUUUCCUUCGACGAGGCAGCAGUCAUUCCUAUCGUGUACACCACAGCAUACGCGUGUCUGUACGAUAUUGGAGACCUCGGAAAGCGCACUGCCCGCGGCAAGAAGUCAGCCGUGCUCAUCCACGCUGCUGCCGGUGGUGUUGGUCAAGCUGUCAUCCAGUUUGCCCAGCGCGAAGGCGCCGAGAUCUUUGCCACAGUCGGCAGUCUUGAAAAGCGCGAGUUCCUUGAGAAGACCUACGGACUGCCUCGUGACCACAUUUUCUCCAGCCGAGACGUCUCCUUCAAGGCCGGUGUCAUGCGCAUGACCAAUGGCCGUGGUGUUGACAUUGUCAUCAACAGUCUGGCCGGAGACAUUCUCCGAGCUACUUGGGAAUGCGUUGCCCCCUUCGGGCGAUUCGCUGAAAUUGGUCUCUCCGACAUUGAGUCAAGGGCUCGCAUCUCAAUGGGUACAUUUGCCCGGGGCGCUCGAUUCGAGGCCAUUGAGCUGAACUACAUGCAAAACACUGACAUGGACAGAAUCGAGGACCUCUUUGGGCGUGUCAUGGACAGCGUUCUUCGCCAGGGUCUGAAGCGUGAAACUCCCAUUACCAAGUAUUCCCUUUCCCAGAUUCAAGACGCCCUGCGCCACAUGCAGUCCGGCAAACACAUUGGAAAGCUCGUCAUUGUCCCCAGUGAGAAUGACGUUGUUGCCGUGGUUCAACCUCCCAAGCCUGCUGCCAAGUUCAACUCGGAAGCCACAUAUGUUGUUUCUGGUGGAUUUGGAGGUCUUGGGCAAGAAAUCAUUCGGUGGAUGGUCAGUCAGGGAGUGAAGAGCCUGAUCGUCACAUCCAGAAGAGGAGCGGUUGAUGAAUCUGCCAAAGCACUUGUUGCUGAAUUGCAGAGCCGAGGCGUGACCAUUGCCACCCCUGCUUGCGAUAUCACCAGCAAGGACACCUUGGAGAGCGUCAUCUCUUCCUCCCUGGCGCAGAUGCCACCUAUACGAGGAUGCAUCCAGGCUUCCACUAUUCUCAGCGACAACACCUUCAAGGACAUGAGCCUUGACGAGUGGCAGCGUACUCUUAGUGUUAAGGUCGCUGGAACCAAGAACUUGUGGGAGACUCUGACCUCAAGGAACGAGGACGGCACACUCGAUUUCUUCAUCAUGCUCUCCUCUAUGGCCUCCAUUAUUGGUAACCCCGGCCAGAGUAACUACGCUGCCGGCAACUCAUACCAGGACGUCUUUGCCCGAACCCUCGCCGCAGAGGGCCACAAUGUCGUCGCUCUCAAUGUUCCCAUGAUGAACGACGCAGGCAUGGUAGCCACCAAGCCGUUGCUGAUGGAAUAUUUGUUCAACAUUGGAUGGUCCCACAUGUCGGCCAAGGAACUCAUCGCCGCCAUGGACUACUACUCCCGCCCCGUUGGCCCGUACAACAAGGAAGCACUUGCCAAGCAGGCUCAAGUCGUGCCCAGGCUCUGGCUCCCCAAGUACUCUGCUGCAGAGGGCGCCAGUCAACCCGAGUGGCAGCACGAGCCACGAUUCAACCACAUGAUCCUACACAACGGCGAGGAUGGGGGAAACUCCGGGAAGCAAGGAUCCGGAAAGGGAUCGGCCGCUUCCGCUCUCUGCGCUGCCAAGAAACAGCCAGAGGCUGAACAGAUUGUUCUCAACGCCCUUCUAGAGAAGCUCUCCAAAGUUCUAAGCGUCGAUCUUGCUGAGCUUGACCCUGCUCGACCUAUGCACACUUAUGGCGUCGAUUCGCUCGUGGCGGUGGAACUGCGUACUUGGAUGACAAAGGAGAUCGGCUCGGAUGUAUCCGUCUUUGAAAUCGUUGGUGGCCAACGUAUUGGACAGUUGGCUGCCAAGGCAGCUGCAAUUUCGAGGUUUGUUUCUCUGUCAUAG